ACGUAGGCGGCGUAUUUUUGAGGGGGCCAACCGUGCGCGCCGGGAAGAUCGGCGGCGCCGAUACGCGGGGCGGGUCGAAUGUAUUAUUCGUAAAGUUGUCCAAAGUUGUCCGGCUUCGAUCUGGGGGAUUCCAUUGUGAAACACUCGCGCGCUCGGAAACGUCCCGCGGUUCGUGUACGGGCGCGGGAGUAACGCGCGUGUUAUCUGUAAUUUUACGAGGCCGCGCCACGGUGACCGGAUAUAAAUAUCGUACGCGACACACGGGGAAGAUCGCGAAAUCCGUCCAACGUGCCGCGUCGCUCGGACUCUUUUCCCGCCGCGCGCUCCAAAUCUCUACAAUUAGAAACGACGCUCGCACACUUAUCCCGAUUAUAUCGCGCGCGGUUCUCUCGCGAGGUGAAAAAUCGGCGUCGCCGCGGCGCGGGUUAAACGCUCGCCGGCCUGAAAACGCGCCACUGCGCCGCUACCGAGCGCCGAAUUACCGCAAUCUGCUAAUAGAUUCUGCCACGUGAUCUGAUCCGUGGACCGUGCGCAGCACGCACACGUGGGACACGCGUCUCUCUCUUUCUCUCGCGCGACGAUCGGCCGCGGUCCUUCGAUCGGCGGUGGUGGGGCACGUAUACGAACGACGUUGCAGAAACGGCCACGCGAGUAGGAGGAAACGCGAAGCGGAGGAAACGUUUCAGUGUCGAGCCGGCCGCGAUUGCGUCGCCGCGUUUCGCCGUCCUCGGCCCCGGCUCCGUCGGCCUCGUUCUCGUCGUCGUCGGCUCCGUCGCGCGACUCCGAUGGGACGGCACCGGUGAGACCGCGAAACUCUCGUGUUCGAGAUGCGCGUUUCGACCGCGCCGUCCGAUUCCGCGAAAUCUCCCGUGGGUCAACUGGGUCAAGUGCCAGCGAGGCGGAGAAGCGGCCUGAUUGAUGCCCCGCGGGGACCGGCUCCGAGAACGGAGCGCUCCUCUUUCGGCGGCGGGCAAUUAGGACGCGCCGGUCGGAUCGGCGAGGAAUUGAUUCGCGGCGCGACGAUGAGCGCGUUAAUUCGUCUGACUCCACGCGGAAGCCCACAAGUGAUAAGUGCCUCUGGUUGAGGAAGCUGCGAUUAUUCGGCGCGUUUAUCGCGCUCUGGUUUCCGCCGAGUCGCGCCCGGGCAAGAAGCAGCUCGCGAGUCAGGAGAGGCAGAGGAAACGACGGAGCAGCCGACACAUGUAGCAUUCGGGCAUCGGUAUAAUGAAGCCGUCCAUGAAAAUGGGAGUGAUCGCCUUGAUUGGGAUCUGCGUAGUCUUUUAUCAAUAUCACCUGUCCACCGGCGUUACUUUCGAUCAAGUAACGGCCUUCAAUGCCGAUACCUCCGCAGACGACGCCGGGGAUCUGCCGAUCGAGGAGGGUGAUAGCAAAACCCCGAGGCUCGCCGAGGAAAUGAUUCGAUACGCCGUGUACAGGGUACAAAUCACGAACGGCCUGAGCCCGGAAAUAAGCUCGAUGCUCGUGCAGGAACUUAUCAGUCAGUUAGGCAAAAACGUCUCGGCGGCCUCCAGAAAUAAUGUCAAGUCCCCGCCGCAAUCGCAACCCCAGGCGACGGCGGUGCACAAGGCGGUGACGCCGUCCCGCCCGUCGUCCCCGCCGUCGAAUUCCGAGGAGUCGCCCGAAGAACCCCUGUACAUCAUCACGCCGACAUAUCGAAGACCCGAACAGAUUCCCGAGCUCACGAGGAUGGCCCACACGUUGAUGCUGGUGAAAAACAUACACUGGCUCGUCAUCGAGGACGCCGCCGUCGCUACCAAACAAGUGACCCAACUGUUAGAGAGGACGGGCUUGAAGUUCGAUCAUUUAAUCGCUCCAAUGCCGGAGAAAUACAAGCUCAAGAAGGGCGCCAAGCCGCGUGGGGUGUCCAACAGAAAUCGCGGCUUGCAGUGGAUCAGAGCGAACGCCACGAGAGGCGUCUUCUACUUCGCCGACGACGACAAUACUUAUGAUAUUGAACUGUUCGACGAGAUCCGCCAGACGAAGACGGUGUCGAUGUUCCCGGUGGGGCUGUGCACCAAGUUCGGGCUGAGCUCGCCGAUCCUCAAGAACAGCAAGUUCGCCGGGUUCUACGACGGCUGGGUGGCCGGGCGCAAAUUCCCGGUGGACAUGGCCGGGUUCGCCGUGAGCGUGAGCUUCCUGCAUCAGCGGCCGAACGCCACCAUGCCGUUUCGCGCGGGAUACGAGGAGGAUGGUUUCCUGAAGAGCCUGGCUCCGUUCGAGCCGCGGGACGCCCAGCUGCUGGCGGACAAUUGCACCAAGGUGCUAGCCUGGCACACGCAGACGAAGAAGAACGAGCCGAGCGCGCCGCUGGACAUGAAGCUUUACAGCGCGACGAACCUGGUGAAGCUCAAGCAGCAGAUAGUAUGAUGCCAGCCGGAGCAACGAAGACGCGCGGACACGAACCUGAAUCUUGUGUGUAAAUCCCGCCCCUCCUUCGCACUAGUUCAUCGGUGUCACUCCGGGGCAAGUCCUAGGUGCGGAAAACUGUGCGAUUCAGUGCCUAAAAGUAUAUCUAUCCUCUCUCUCGCGGCGAGAGCGGGAAAGUCGUUGUUACCUUUAAGCAUAGCCGGUAAAACGAAUCGUUUUUUUAUCACCUUUUACACAUCCGCAACAAUGUAGCCCGUCCCCGAGACGGUCCGCCCUUGCCCCGAGGAAGGACAGCCGCGGCUCGCGAACGAAAGAAUUAAGUGGGACUCCCGGGGCAACGCCACAACCGCAACGACUCGAUAAGGUGCAUAGAAAUUUACGUGUAGAGCUCAAAAGCGUCUACUUGUCAUUGCUUUUUAGCACUUCCGCUUCCGCGCGUGCCGCAUGAAGCGACACGAGGCGACGUGAACGCGAAGAGGAAGAUUAAAUCCCCUAUUGAUAAUGGUAAUCGAUAAAUGUAGCGGGAUAGCGGAGUUCAUUAGCCGAGAAUCAUGCGCUUUCCAAGUAUCUCGAACGCGUGCAAGUGGCGAAGACGCGCAUCGUGCAGAUCCAACGACCAAAGAAAGCAAACGAGUCACUCGCUGUAACGUUAAACUCCUUAAACUUUACUUUAUUCUA